UCCUCGUCUGUCCGACAAAGCAGUUCUCCCUAUCACCACAAGGGGCUAAGCAUGUAGCGCGUAGCCGGGCACAGUCUCUCAAAAAAGGAAACUCCGGCACUUGGGUGUCAGCAGAGGGUAGAUAGAGUCUAUUCGCCGCUGCAGUUCAACUCAUAGAGGAACCUACCGAAUUUGGAGAAGCACGUCCAGCUGGAAGGAUCACAGUCCCACCAAUUAAUAAAUUCUGGUGGCUACCCCCGCACCAGAGAGGAGGACAUGAUGGAAGGGAAAGUAGGACUCAAAUCAACCGUCUGGCAAGACACCAGAAGAGUCUGAGGUUUCUCCAAGAGCACUCACAGGGCAAAAAUAAUCUUGGUCCUACCAAAGCCUCAUGGAUGUCACUCAUUUGCGGAAACACCCUCAAGAAGGCCUGAAGAAGGAAAGGGAGGUGUGGAUCAAGGCUCCUCAAAGACUUCAAAACAGCAGGCCUCAACAAAUGUAUUUGUUCCAGAUGCAGCAUACAUUUCAUGCCUCUUUCAUGCACUUUGCAUGCAUUUCAUUAUUCUAAUUGAGAACAAAACAACUAUUUCAGCAAGAGAGAUCAACAUCAAAGCCACAGCGACAAUCUGUAAUUCUCUCUUGAUACUUGCAUAUGGACAUACAGAGGAUGUUUCUGAGAAAGAAUAUUUACUUAUCCUGAAAGUACUGCGAUUCCUCUGAAAUGGAUCUUAGGCACAUUUCUUUCAGGCUGUGGAAAUUAAAAAAAUCCUUUCUGACAUUUAAUGGUAUUUACUGACAAAUUGACAUAUUUUUGAUUUCUCAGGGAGAGAGAAGUGACAGUCGGUCCAUUUUUAUUCUUUAAGCAGAGAGAAGGCGUGAUUUAAAAUAACAUUAGUAAAAACAGCAAACUGAGAACAUGCCUUGUUUUUGUGGCUCUUUGAACAUAAACAAUGCUUCUUACUUCAUAAUGCUUUGUGUUAUCCACUUCCUCAGUAUAGUUUAUGAAGCACAUUUCAGUUCGUCGAUAAGUUCUGAGAAAAUGUUAAUGGAGGGCAGACAAGAAGACUAAACACUGAGAGGAAACUGCGGCGCAAGUAAACUUCACAUCAAAAAACAGAUUAUUUUUGCACACAUUUCCUCUUCUGAACUUUAUCAAUAUGCACAAAAAGCUGUAAACAAGAUGAGAAGAAAUCUCCAGGAACUAUAGCAUAAAGGGAAUAUUUUUUCGCUCACUGACUUUGGAUCUUGCUGGGGUUAGCGGUGGGUCCUCGGAGACCUCUCCCUCGUCUUGCCUGAGGUGUCUCUCGCCCCCACCACAUGUAGACCUGACAUGGCUCCCUGUUGGAGGCAAGGGGCCUCUCUGCUGCUAAUGACUCUUUGGCUUGUGCAUUGCUUCAGCUGGGGACAAGCCGAGACAGUAAGGACUAGCAAUGUGCUAACUGGGCCGGGGUCCCGGGACCAGGCCGCCAUGUCCCACGAGCGGGUGAAGAGAGGAUGGGUGUGGAACCAGUUUUUCGUGGUGGAGGAGUACACAGGAACAGAACCUCUGUAUGUGGGGAAGAUCCACUCCGACUCUGACAACGGCGAGGGCAUGAUCAAGUACACCAUCUCAGGCGAGGGCGCCGGGACCAUCUUCAUCAUCGACGAGAUCACAGGCGACAUCCACGCCACGCAGAAGCUGGACCGCGAGGAGAAGGCCUACUACACACUCCGCGCCCAGGCCCGCGACCGCUACUCCAGCGCGCCGCUCGAGCCCGAGUCCGAGUUCGUCAUCAAGGUCCAGGACAUCAACGACAGCGAGCCCAAGUUCCUGGAGGGGCCUUACAUCGGAAGUGUUGCAGAGUUGUCACCUAUAGGAACCUCGGUGAUGAAGGUGGCUGCUUCGGACGCGGAUGACCCCACCUACGGGAGCAGUGCCCGCGUGAUCUACAGUGUGCUGGACGGAGAGAAGUUCUUCACUGUGGACAGAGACACAGGAGUGAUUCGGACAGCAGUGGCAGAUCUAGACCGCGAGACGCAGGAUCGCUACGAGCUGGUUGUCAAGGCAACAGACAUGGCAGGCCAAAUGGGCGGUCUCUCCGGCUCUACCACAGUGACCAUAGUGAUCACAGAUGUUAAUGACAACGCUCCAAGCUUUCCACAGAAGCUGUACCAGUUUGGUGUUUCGGAAGGGGCUGCAGUGGGUACCCCGAUCGGGCGUGUGAUCGCCACCGAUGCAGACAUGGGGGACAACACGGACAUGAGCUACCUGAUCACUGAGGGGGAGGACGGAGAGCUGUUUAAAAUCACCAUGGACGGAGAAACGCAGGAGGCGGUCAUCUCAAUCAAAAAGCCGCUGGACUUUGAGACCAAGCAAUUCCACACUGUGGUUGUGGAGGCAAUGAACAAGCAUGUGGACGAGCGCUUUGUGGACCUGGGGACCUUCCGGGACAAGACCAUUGUGAAUGUUAGCGUCUCGGACGUGGACGAGCCGCCUGUGUUCUUCCCGCCCCUGGGUGCCAUCAUGGAGGUGCAGGAGGACGCCAGGCUGGGUGCAUUGGUGGGCACCGUCUCAGCCAGGGACCCAGACAGAGAGGAUGUUCCAGUCAGGUAUUCCAUAGACCGAAGCACUGACCAGGAGCACAUCUUCAACAUUGAUCCGGUGACAGGUGCCAUCACCCUGGGGAAGAUUCUGGACAGAGAGACGGCGGGUUGGCACAACAUCACUGUGACAGCGGUGGAAGCAGGUAACCCCGCUCAGGCGUCCCAGUCUGCCGUCAGCAUCCGAAUCCUUGACGUCAACGACAACCCUCCUGAACUAGCAACCCCUUACGAGGCCUCCAUUUGUGAAGAUGCCAAACCAGGCCAGCUUAUUCACACCAUCAGUGUGGUGGAUAAAGAUGAACCCCAGUCCGGUCAUCGGUUCUACUUCACUUUGGCACCCGAGGCAUCUAACAACCGCCAUUUCACCCUCUGGGAUGUCAAAGAUAAUACAGCCGGCAUAAGGACCCAGCGGUCUGGGUUCAACAGGCAGGAACAGAACAUGUACCUGUUGCCCAUCCUGGUGGUGGACAGUGGACCUCCAGCCUUGAGCAGCACGGGCACCGUGACUAUCCACGUGUGUGGCUGCGAUCCGGACGGGGCCAUCCAGUCCUGCAAUGCCACGGCCUAUGUCAUCUCCGCAGCCCUCAGCCCCGGAGCACUCAUCGCCCUACUGGUCUGCAUGCUCAUCCUUAUCGUGCUGGUGUUGCUGAUCCUCACGCUUAAGCGCCACCGCAAGGGCCAACGCAUGUCCGAGGAUGAGGAGGACAUGCGCGACAACGUCAUCAAGUACAACGACGAAGGCGGCGGCGAGCAGGACACGCAGGCCUACGACAUGAGUGCCCUGCGCAGCCUCUACGACUUCCCAGAGGCCAAGAGCGCCGACUCUGGCGCUGACCUCCCGUGCCUGCCGCAGUGGAUCCAGAGCCGCGUGAACGGAGGCAGUGGCAGCGAUGGUGGUGGUGGUGGUGCCAUGGCCGACUUCUCGCUCUUUCGGGGCUACAUUCGCAAGAAGGUGGAGCAGGCCGAUGCCGACCUGUCAGUGCCGCCAUACGACUCAUUCCAGACGUACGCCUUCGAGGGCAGCAGCUCACCCGCACUGUCCCUCAGCUCCAUCCGCACGCUGUCCACCACUUCGGAGCAGGAUUUCUCGUACCUCAGCGACUGGGGACCUCGCUUCAGGCAGCUGGCUGGCUAUUAUGCCCCAGGACAGCCUGAGGAAGAGGGCUCCUAGCCUCUUCCUGCUCCUCCUCCACCUCCUGCUGCCAGCACGCCAUCUCACUCAUAUUGACAUUCCAGUGUCCUAACUGUCCUUGAACCCGACUCCCUUGUGACACUUUGGAAACCCAGUCAGAAAUGACAGUUUAAUUACUUUUUUAAAGAAAAAAAUACUUUUUUCCCUCUUUCUCCAAUUGUGGAUUAAAGUGGGUUCUGAGCACAUGAGGAACUACUGGGAAACCAGGUAUUAUUGACCUAUAAUGGUAGGGGGGGAAAUCACAGACACACACCACUGCUCUUUGGUCAACAUCAUGUGUUUUUUUCCAUUUGUGUUUUUCUUUUCUUUGGAGGCAGAGACCUGAAAUAACCACUUAAAGAAAAACAAACAUUGUGCUAUUUGCCAUUUCUACAGUGUGUCAAGGGACAUUUCUUUCUUUUCUCAAGCCAAGGCAAACUACCCCCCCCCCAACCACCACAAAAAAAAAAUCAAAAACAAAAUGUAUUUAUUAAAGAAGAACA